AUGAAUAAUAAUAAUAAUAAUAAUAAUAUUUUAGAAAAUGAUAUCGAUAUGAUAGAUGUAGAUAUUAAUAAUUUUAACGAUGAUAUUAACCUACUGCAGCAAACUAAUAUUUACACAAAUGAUAUACUUUUUAUAAACCAUUUAAAUGAAUGGAUAUACAAUGUAUCUAUAAUAAAAGAUACAUUAAAUCAAAUUAAUACUAAAAAUACAAGACUACAUUUAAUUUUAAUAAAUACUGAUUUAUCAAGUAUUGAAUCAAUUAGUAACAUAUUAUCAAAAUAUUAUAGUAUACUUAGUAAUUAUACAAUAAAUCAAUAUUUUAAAUUAAAUAUAGAUUGUAUAAUAAUAUUACCAGAAUUAUAUUAUAACUACAAUGAUGGUGAUGAUCAAAAUUUUCAAAAUGAAAAUAAUAAUAAUAAUAACGAGAUAGAAUUAUUUUUAAAUUCAAUAGAAUUAAUAUUUAAUAGUUUUAAUAACACUUUAAAUAAAAUUUAUAUACCAAAUGAUAUAAAUAAUAAAAAUAAUAAAUUUAAUGAAUUUAUAAAAUCUAUUGAAAUUUUAAAACCAUCACCUUAUUCUUCAUCUUCACAUAAUUAUUUUGAUUUUAAUUGUUAUUCAUUACCCCCUUCAAAUAAUAAUAAUAAUAAUAAUAAUAAUAAUAAUAAUAAUAAUAAUAAUAAUAAUAAUAAUAAUAAUAAUAAUAAUAAUAAUAAUAAUAAUAAUAAUAAUAAUAAUAAUAAUAAUAAUAAUAAUAAUAAUAAUAAAAAUGAUAAUUUAAUAAUUAAUUUUAAUUAUAAAUCGAUUAAAAGAAUUCAAAGAUAUGGUUCAGUUUAUUGUGGUGGAUUUUUUGAUUAUUUACAUUUUGGUCAUAAAGCAUUUCUAUCAAUUGGUUCUUUAUUAGCUAAAGAUAAAUUUUUUAUUUCAGUUUUACAAAAAUCAUCUUUUAUUUUCUCAUCACCAUCUCCAUCACCAUCUACAUCAUCUUCCCCAAUUAAAUGUCCGAUCGUUCAAAUAAAUAAAAACUAUAAUCAAGCAAAAAUGAAUGAUAAUACUACAAAUUCACCUUCUAAUUCAAUUUAUAAUUCUAAUAAUAUUAAUUUAACACCUAUUCGAUAUAAUACAUCACCAUCAAUUUUACAACAACAACAACGACAACAACAACAAGAAGAAAAAGAAGAAGAAGAAGAAAUAUCACCUAAAACACCAAAUACACCUAAAACACCAAGAACUCCUAGAACUCCAAUAACAUGUCCAUAUAGUCAUGAUAGUAUUAAUGGUAUAAUUAAAAGUUCAAAAUCAAGUAUUGGUGAAAUUAAAAACUUUAAUUAUGAUUAUUAUGAUAAAAAUAAUGAUAGAUUAAUGCAACCAAUUCAAGUUAGAAUGAAUACAAUAAUUGAAUUUUUAGAUAUAUUUAAUCCUUUUCAUUCAUUAAUUGAAGUUGUAACAAAUACACGUUGUUCAGAUAUAAACUAUUGUCCAAUGACAUUGAUUGAUAAUGUUGAUUCAAUAAUUACUGCACCAUCGUCAUCAUUUACAACAUCAUCAUUAAAUAAUACUCAUAAAAUUAAUUUAGUUAGAGAAAAAAGAAAUUUAAAACCAAUUUCAAUUCAUUUAAUUGAAACUGUUCAAUGUUAUCAAAGUAAUAAUAAAAUUUCAUCUUCAUAUAUAAGGUCUUUAUUAAAUGAUUUUAAUAAAUGUUAA